AUGUUCUCCCGUUUCGCCCUCGCUCUCUUCGCCGUUGUUGCCCUCGUUGCCGUCGCUCAGGCUGCCCACAACGGUACCGCUGUUAACGGCACCGCCUUGACCAACUCCACUGUUGCCUCCCACAACGGUACCUGGGCUGCUAACGGCACCGUCUCCCCCAUCGGUACCGCCUCUGGCGCCGCUUCCUUGAGCACCUCCGCCUUCGCUGUUGCCUUGGUUGCCCUCAUUGCCUCCGUUGCUUCCUUCUAA